AACACUUGAUAACUUACAACAUACUCAUCAUCAAAAGUUUUACAAGCUUAAAAAAAAAAUUAAUCUCAUUCAAAGAUAAACUUCAAAUACAUCGCCACACAGAUAUCUUUAGCAAAGUUUCAUAAACUAAUAAGUAGAAUAAUUCUAUUUAAUUAAAUGAUAUCAUGCGAUAACCUUCAAUACUCCCGUCCCUUUGUAAUAAAAUGAUAAUUAAAAUUCUACUUGUGAGGAAUAAAAUUUUACUAUCUUCAUUUUAUAGCGAGGAUGAAAGAAUGAAACCACUGCUAGCACAAGAUUAGACUGCUGCCAAUAUUUAUUAAACUUCUCCUUCAUAGAUAACAUCAUAAAAAGAAAAAGUUAAUCCUUAGGAUUUGUACACCAUUCAACAAUUUGUAACUGAAUUUCAUAAAACUAUUGGAAAAAAAGAUUUGGAGUUGGAUAUAUUUUGCAUGAAAAGAGCUCGAUGAUGUUGUAGAAUUUUUUCAGAGCUCGACAAAAUACUUUUGCCUCUUCCUAUUGAUCCUUUGUUGGACACUAGCUUUGCAUUAAAUCAUUAUGCAGUUACCCUCAUUUAAUCACCAAACUUAGAAACUAAUUUACUCGUGAGUUUACCUAUAUACUCUCCAUUGUCCAAUCGGUCUUUAUACCAUCAGCUUUAUUACCCUUUCCUUUAUAGCACACCAAAGUGGUUUUCGCUUCGAAAUUUUGCCGGCUCUCCUCUCCAAUCCGAAUUUCUUUAGGAAAUCUCGGUCACACUAUGACUCUCCAACCCGGUUUCUUUUGGAAAUCCGUUCUCUGUUUCUUUUUUCUCGGAAAUUUUGGUGACAAUAUGCCUCUCCAACCCGAUUUUUUUUCGGAAAUCUCGGUCCCCGAUUUUUUUUGGAAAUCCAUUGUUUGGGGGAAAUUUUAGUCAGACCAUGACUCUCCAGUAAUCCUGGCUGGCUUCCAAUAAUCUCAAGACCUGCUCGAGUUGGUAAGAUCGUCCGAGGGCGAAUUUUAUUUUUGGUAAGAAGUGAUUCAAGUGAAUGCCUUUUUAAACUUGUAAAAAUACAGAGUGCGAAGUUUAUCGAAGCAACUGCUGAUUGCACCGGCUUGGGAACAAGGAAGCGUAUGUUCCUCUGAGAACAGUCUAAGGGCUUCAUGGCAGUCUCAGAUCCAGAACUCGUUUCAAGUGGUAAUAUCCUGGAGAUGGAGAUUAUUAUUCUUAUUAAACGGGUUCACCAUAUGAUCGAAUCAUGCUUGCAACGUUAUAUGACUAAAGAGGAGGUGGUAAAGGAGCUUAAGGAGAAAGCCCUUAUAGAACCUUGUCUUGUAGAUCUGGUGUGGAGGAGGCUAGAAGAGGAAAAUCCUGAGUUUUUCAGUGGGUACUAUGGGAGACUAACGCUGAGAAAACAAAUCACCAUGUUCAAGCAAUUGCCUGAGCGCCAAUGCUAUCUAAUGGAGCAAUCUCAUCAGGAAGAGCUUCAGAACAACAAUCAUCAUACCACAGGUUCCCAAGUUGUACAUGAAGUGAUGCCACCAAGAAGUUCCCAGUACAACUUGAUGAACUCUUUAGAUGGGAUUGACAAGAACAAUGCAGUGAAUUCUCAAACUGAAGGUUUUCCGAACAUGUCAUCUUCUGUGUCGGAGAUGGGUGUAGGUUCAUCAUUUAUGGCCUCCAGCAGUCACUUCCCCUUGCAUCCAAAUAGUUCAGCUGAAGAGGUGUCGCAGAACAGAGAAGGUUCUGAAUUGGAGCCUGCAAGAAGAGAUAUCUAAUGUUGCAGAAGGGCUACGUUUUAGUUUAAGUUUCUAGGAUCUAGUAGCAAACUUUGACGGGCAAUUGACUUGCCAAGAUUGAGCACUUCAAUUCUCUCUUUUCUUAUUAAUGAAAUGGAGUUUGAUCAGUUUUAAAUUUC